GUCCAUACCAUGUUAACAUGUUAAUUGGUGGCUAUGAUAAAGUUGAUGGUCCCCAACUCUUCUACAUUGAUUAUUUGGCAUCUUUCGCUGAAGUUCCUUUCUCCGUCCAUGGCUAUGGUGGCAUGGUAACCUUGGGUCUCUUGGAUAGAUACUACAAAGAAGAUAUGACUGAAGAGGAGUGUUAUGAAGUCAUGAAGAAGUGUGUUCGUGAGAUCCACAAAAGAUUAAUUCUCAAUCUGCCAAACUUCCAGGUGGAAGUUAUCAACAAAGAUGGUGUUAAAUCCCUUCCCAGAAUAACUGUCGAAAACGUGGGAGUGAAUUGAAUAAUUUUCAUGUAUUGCUUAACAAUUAUUUCAUUAAACUUAAUUGAUUUAUAAA